CGAGACAGCGAGAAGGGAGAGUGAGCGAGAGAUUGCGAGGAGCAGCGGUGGAUUGUGAUUCUCUCGCAGCGAGACGGGGAGGAGCUGCUAGCGCUGGGAGCGCGGUUGGCCGGCUAAAGUCGCUGAGCUGCUCGUGAAGGAAAGGCAUUGUGCGCGUGCGGGCGGGUGGGAGACUCACGCGGGAGCUACAUUAGUGGUGCACGAGCCAGGCUCAGCUGCAGGGCAAGCGGAGUAGGGCAGCACACGACAGAGAAAGAAGACUGUGCAGGGUGAGAUUUGAUUUUUUUUUUUUUUUGGAGAAACGAUCAGGAAGGUAGUGUUUUUUGGGGACCAGCUGCAUGCGCCUUUAGAGAUGAUCUGCAGAUCACUCAAGCUGGACCGGAUUGCGUAACACUAUGGGCUGUGCUUCAGCCAAACAUGUGUCGACUGUCCAGAACGAGGAGGAAGCUCAGAAGGGGAAGAACUAUCAGAAUGGAGACGUUUUUGGGGAUGAAUACAAGAUCAAACCAGUUGAAGAGGUUAAGUACAUGAAAAAUGGUGACAAUGAAGAAAAAAUAGUAUCUCGAAAUCAAGAAAAUCUGGACAGAAUUUCUGGUUCAAAUGUAAGAGCUAAAUCAGGCAGAGAAGUGCCAGGUUUUGUGCACCCACCAAGAGCGAACAUUCAUAUUUCAGAGAGCCAACAAGAAUUCUUCAGGAUGCUGGAUGAGAAAAUAGAAAAGGGUCGCGACUACUGCUCAGAAGAAGAAGACAUUACAUAGUGCCAAACUUGCAUCAUUUCUUUUGGGAGCUAUUGCUGUGUGUACAGACUUUCAGCCAGUCCAGAUCAAUAUGGAUUUGUACUACAGUUGUGUGCUCUAACACAAUAACUCUUUCCACACUUUGUGCUACACUUCAGUUAAGUUUUCUAAGAAACUCUCAAAAGUGCAUUGCUACGGACUAUGACAGACGUGGCCUUCUGCUUCUUACCAGAGUCCCAGACACAUUUUUAUUAUCCAGUUUUCUGUGUUUGGAUACCUAGCUCAUCCUUAAAUAUCCCUGUAAGGGAAUUGCCAAUGUUACCCAGAGUGUCAUGUGAAUUACAGUAACCUAAUCCUGACUUGCAGAUGAGCACAGAGUUCCUUUGAAGAAUGUCAAGGCUGUAAAAUCCCUUUUGACUGUCUGCAAAAUUGCUGCGAUCAAAAUAUGAACACAGCUUGCUUAUUCCUCUUGGUUCUUUUAAACUUUGGAGUCAGUAUGUUUUGCAGGCUGGGGCAGUGCUGCUGUAUUGCAGAAGAAAAUGGCUUCAGUUUGUCAACUUCAGCAGAUUGCCAUGGAAAUCCUAAGGACAGAAUUGCAAAGCUAAAUUAAAAUCUUUUAUUCUGAAGACAUUCGUGGACUGGGCUUGAUGUCUUGGCUUUGCUAAGUGCAAAUGAAAGUGUUAACACAAUCAUUUUGGAUCUUUUUUUCUAUGAAAAUAAACACUAUACUGUUUUUAAUGUA